GCAUGUGCAAGAAUUCCAUCCGCCGUCCGGAUGGUAGAGAAACCGAAACCGCCGUUUCAGGUUUCAGUUGAUACGUAGAGACGGUAUGAGAUUAUUGCGAGACAGUUUGAGAGAGAAUCGUUUAGGAAGAAUUUCACAAACAUGAUUGGCAUACUCUUACACGUCCUCUUCUUGUUGGGCAAACGCAUAUACGAAAGGUAUCGUGGAAAGACGAAAAUCUUGCACUAUGACAGUGAGACGGAAUUCUCUUUGCUAUCCGACGAACUGCAUGGCGAACCCACGGAAGAGAUGGAUCUGCUCUGGAAAGAUAAGACAGUACAUGGAUUCUUCCCGCCGGCGUAUAUACAAAGAUACUGCGCCGUGACGAACGUGCUCAACGAAUACAAUGGAAAAUUGCGGAAGAUCGUUGACUUUGGAUGCGCAGAAAUGGGAUUCUUAGUUUAUUUGAAAAGAAUACCGGGAGUGGAAGAGGUACUAUGUGUAGACGUGGACCAUAAUAUUCUAGAAAGAUUCCAUGGUAGAGCGGCGCCAUUGACUACUGAAUUCUUAGAUUCUGCUCGAAGGAAUAAGUUUGCGAUAGAAGUUUGUCUAGGAAGUGUGACAGACAAUGAUGAAAAAUUACAAGAUGUAGAUGCAGUAACUUGCAUUGAAUUGAUUGAACAUUUGUAUCCGGAUACAUUAAUGGAUCUUCCUUUUAAUAUUUUUGGAUAUAUCAAGCCACAAGUAGUAGUAGUAACAACACCAAAUGUGGAAUUCAAUGUAUUGUUUCCAAAUUUUUCAGGUUAUAGGCAUCCAGAUCAUAAAUUUGAAUGGACAAGAGAACAAUUUCAAGAUUGGGCACAAAAUAUUGUGGUGAGAUACCCAUAUUAUAGAGUAACAUUCCAUGAGAUUUGUAAUGGACCUGAAGACACAAAGCAGUUUGGCCCAUUAACACAAAUGGCUGUAUUUCACCGUAUCUUAUCAAAAAGCCAAUCAGGACUAGAAGUUUUAAUAUCAGAUGAAUAUUUUGAAUUAAAAGGACGACAUGGUUUAUUCAAGACAGUGGUUAAAUAUGAUUACCCUAUAAGAGAUGAUACUCGUUCAGACGAGAAAAAAAUACUGGACGAAGCAAUUUAUUAUAUUAAUUUUUUAUCUUAUAGUCACACAAAUGAUGAAAAUGUUCCACACAGAUACUAUGAAAUAAAUCUAGACCGUUUAUCAAGCUUUAUAACUAAAUAUAAUGUCACAACAGAAGCACUAAGGACAAUUUUAACAAAUGGAGGAUGGACAGUUGUAAAUCGAGAGAAUGGACCGGUAGUACUUAAUCCUUCCGAACAUCCUUCUGAUAAUGAAACGGAUGAUGAAAUGUUAUAUUUUAACGAUAUAGAUAUGACAUACGAUAGAUAUGACGACAUAGAUAUAGUGACCGAAGAAGAAUGUGAUGAAGAUGAAAAUGAAGAUUGGCAUGAUGAAACCAAUGUUAUAAAUAAGAAUGAAUGGGAUUAUGUAUCUGAUUUAAAUGAAACAUCUGCAAGUGCAAAUAACGAAUUAGCUUUACCAAAUUUAGAUACUGAAAACUUUUAUUACAACAACGACUUUAUAUGUGAAGAAAACAAAUCUAAAAAUGAAUCUGAUGAAUUGUUUAAUUCGUUCGUAAAUGGAAUACUACCGAAUAUGGAUGAUGAAGAUUUAUCUAUGCAAAAUCCGCACACUGAAAAUUGGCUCGAGGAACCUAGUAUUAUUAUACCUGAAAAUUGUUCUAUUAAUCAAGAAAAUACUUAUCUAUUUGAUGGUGAAAAUUCUUUGCUGGAAGAAUCACGAUCACCGGAAAAGCCAUGUGCAAUUUGCGGCAAUGAGAACGCAAAGAUUCAAAAAUUAAUAAGUUUUAACAAAGAGCUUUCAGAUGAUUCAAUCCCUUUAAUUUUAGAUAAUCCAAAAGCGGCUGAUAAAUUUCAAACAAUUGCUUCUAAAAUGUCUUCAGCAUUACCCAACAAUUUACAAUUAAAGAAGUCAAUUGACAAUAUUACAUUAGAAUCGAAUCUGUUACAAAAUGAUCAGAUAGAUUCAGCUACACAAGAAGUUACUUCAAUGUUAAAUCUUCGACCGUGUAUGUUUAUUUCGCGUUCCUCAGCGUCUCUUUAUUCCUAUUCUGAUCUGACCAACUCUUCGCACGAAUUCGAUUCUAACUCAUAUGAAAGCCAAUUACUCAACAAUCAAAUUUUCUUAAAUAAUACUUUUUAUCAAUCUAGAAUGGCGACUAAAAUAGAUAUUAUGAAAGAUAUGAGAGAAUAUAUAAAUAAUAUGUUGUCGACUGCGAAAAAUCUUCCAGAAAGAGACAGAAAAGAAAAGGAAAAUAGAGGAUGUUUUUUGUCUCCAAUUUUUCCUGUCGAACAAGAACAAGAUAUUUCCGACUAUCAAAGUUGUGAAGACAGCGAUGUGACAGAUGUAGUGACAUCUGAUGCUUACAAUAAUCUUGAUAAUCAACCAAAAUAUACAAGUUCACCUAGUUCAUCUCAUACACAGAGAUUUUCCGCUGAUACUAGAAUUUAUCCUGAAUGUACAGAAUUAAUGAAUACUUUAGACAAAACACUAAAAUUUAAGAGGAAAAUUAUAUCAGAUAUCACUAAUUUUUUAGAUGAUAGUCAGAGAUCUGAUAAUACCACAGAAACAAUUAAACUGUGCGAAACUUCAAACAAUGAUAUUAAAAAUACUGAAAAAUAUAAUCUAGAUUUUUCCGCUAGCAAUAGUAUACAACAAGAAGCAUCUUCAGAAUAUAAGGAACUUAAUGAUACUGAUGAUUGUAUCUCUACUAAAUUAAUAUAUGAUAAAAAUGAAAAAUUUACAGAAAACAACAUAAUCAAUCAUGAGUCUGAUAUUGUGAAUGAUAUAGAAAAUGUAGAUGCACAGCAUAUUUUAUCAUUAGACAAUAAGAGUACUAAUCAUAAAAAUGAAAAUGCAUGUUGUACGUUAGCAUCAACAUUAACAAAAUUAGAUAUUGACACAGAAGCACCUUUGGAAAAUGUGAUUAGUGAUCACGCACAAUCAAAUGCAAGAAAAAAAGAUGUAAAUCCACCUAGAGAAUUAUUAAAUUCCAAAUCAAAGAAUGUUAGUAAAUACUCUUCAUCUGAAUGUGCCAAAGAAGUUAGCAUUUUAAAAAAUGAUAGGUUUGUAUCUUGUAAUGAGGAUACAAGUAACGUUACAUCAGUAUUGAAAAACGAAGAGACUGUCGGUACGAGCAAAGAGAUAUCAAAUAUUUCUGGAUUAGUGAAUAAUAUUGAAGCUAAAUCGUCUUCUCCACUCGAGACGCCUCCGAAUAGUUGGUCUCCCGAGAUAAUGGAUUCUGGUUAUCCAAAUUCAACUUCCGCGCAAGAUAUAACACCAGAGUAUGAUCUAUCUAGUAUAGCUCAGGAUCACAUACCGGAUUCCGAAUCGCCGAGUGUUGCGGAAGAAGCGCCAAGACUUGGUGUCCUGGAAUUGAUUGAGGUGGAAAAUGGCGAUUUAGCAAAUAAUAAUAGAGAUGACGAAGGUAACAACAUGGUAGCUAUGAAUGCUAAUGACAUUGAAAACUUGCAACCGCUUAUUGAUGUAUUAGAAAAUGAUCUCGAGAACGAAAAUGACAUUUACGUAAUGCAGAACGGUUUUCCUAUAUGGCUAUUGAGGCUAUUGGAUAUGGCAAAUCCGCUUGAUUUUGAUAUACAAGCUCGACAAAAUUUACGAGUUCCUGAUGAAGCUGCAGAUGAUGGUAAUUAUGUGAUUCGUGACGAAGGUUUCGACAGUAGUUCUUCUGAAAGUGAGAGUGAUGUAGCUGACAAUGAAGUGGAACAUGAUGAUAGUGGUAAAUAAAAAAACAUGGUAAAUAAAAAAUUUUUUAAGAAAAGGGGAAGGAAAAGAAAGAGGAGGGAAGCGAAAACGUGAUUACAGUAUUACAGUAUUAUCUUACAUAUCAUUCUUUGAUGCUCCCAAACAAAAUUUGUACUGUAGACUCUUAAGCAAA